UGCAGUCGUCAUCUCCGCACCCGCGGCCUCAAGUUCCAAAACACUGGUCCGCCCUUUAUCUUCGGCUCGCUAUAAAUAUGAGUGGCCGCCAUCGUUGUUAUCAUUCACCGUAGCGCACCGUUCACGAAAGAAAUCUUUCUUCUUGCUUCUCCCUUCGUUUAACUCGGCAAAAAAAAAAAAAAAAAAAAAAAAAAAAAAGGAAAAAAAAAACUUGCUUCGGUCGAAUCAUCAAGAACUAUGAAGAAGCGAAGAGUGAAGGGCGUGGAAGCUCCCAGCAAGCCCGCUAGAUCAUCAUCAACAUCGGAUAAAGAAGACGCCCAAGCUCAGGGAACUCACGUGGCAGCUGCGGAAGCUAGGGAGGAUGCCAAGAAGGCGAGAGUGAGAGGAGAAGGGGUGGCGGGAGGAGACUGUGCGGCGGCGGCGGCGGCGGCUGCGGAGGAGAAGAUGGAGGGGUGGGAAGAGUGGCCGUGGUGGACGCGGGAGGUGGCCGUUGAAGAAGCGAUGUCGUUCGAGUCCGUCUGGUCGCCAUUCUGGGACGGGGAGUUCAUGGGCGACGAAGCUUACAAUGCCCUCUUCGGCGACGUUCCGUGGGACGACGGCGACCUCUGGAACUUGAAGGAUUUGGAGAAACCGAAGGCUUGAGAGAGAAAGAGAGAGUCGGUUUCCCUGUUCAGUUGCGAGAAACCAAAGCGUGAAUCUCUUGUUGUUUCUCUUCCGGAGUAACGCCCGCUUCGUCUUCUCCUUUUCCUUUCCCUGAUCUUUCUCGACUGAUAACAAUGGAAAAUGUUACAAACUAUCCGUGCCAUUAGUUCCUCGUUACAUGUGUAUAACAAUAUGUAUUUUGGUUC